AUGCUCUAUCCCACUUUUCCGGACUUCGAUGCAAAUCACAACUAUCUGCAGAAGUACCAGAACAGGAUAGAACGCGGAGAGUUUCUCACCCUCAACGUCUUCAUCAAGGAGAGCAAGUCACAGCCGACGGUGCCACGAGAUGCAAAGCCCGACUGGACCGUGCGUUUCCCUUACGACGAUGAGGACUUUGAACCUUCUUCGACUUCGAUUCCCGUCAACGUCACAGACAAGAUGCUUUCCAAGAAGCGGAACGUCUGGGUGACUGCCCGCCUUCUGACGGAGCGAGGUGACAGAAUAGCAGAAGCCCACGGAGGUGUUGUCAAGUACGACAAGAUGAAGGAGGAGACCACCAAGUAUUGGCUGCUUUCAGGAGAGAUCUGCGAAGACAGCACGGAGAGGAAAUAUGGCUCUUCAAAGGAGCCCCUCACAGCCCGGGGCAUUCCCAAGAUGCAGGUCCGGCUGGUCUACGACCGCACGCACUAUCCACGGCCUUGGAAGUACGACCACUACUACCCUACGAUGUACGUGGAUGAGUUCUGGAUGACCAACGACCAGCUCAUUAAGUUCAAGACCAGCGGGGACGAUAAUUUUACCACAGAGAUCCACUUCGGCCUGAUGUCCGCAGCCCGAUGGCGAUUUCAGCACACGAUGGAACACAGCAUCAAGCAGAUGACGCAGCAGUACUUCUCUGGUGAAGAUGAUGAGGCCAUAGUCCAGAUGCGGGAUUUGUUUGCAAACACAAAUUCCUAUCUGCUAAUUGCCACCAUGGUGGUGUCUGUUCUGCAUAUGAUCUUCGAGUACCUCGCGUUGAAAAACGAUGUGCUGUUCUGGCGGCGGACAGAUGCUGAAACACUGAAAAGGUUUGUUUCGCUGCGAGCUGUUGGCUUAGAGAUCGUCUGCAACGUCGUGCUUUGGUUCUACUUGUAUGACCAAGAGUCCAACUGGCUGAUCCUGAUCCUGUCCCUGGGUCAGAUCGGCGUGGACUGCUGGAAGCUCACGCAAGUGCUGGAGGUCAAUCUGGCCUGGAAGGGGGUCCUGGUCUAUCCGACCUUUAAGAGCCGAGUGCCCCACUCCAGCGCGGACGACUAUGACAAGAUGGCUCUAAUAUAUCUUUCUUACAUCCUGCUUCCCAUCGUCGUCGGCUAUGCGGGAUACUCCGCCAAGUACGAGUGCCACAAGUCCGUCCCAGCGUACAUGCUGCACGUAGCUGCGUCUUUGGUGUAUGCCUUGGGCUUUGCACUUAUGACGCCGCAGUUGUUCAUCAACUAUCGCAUGAAAUCCGUGGCGCACCUUCCCUGGAGGCGCUUCAUUUACAGAGCCAUCAAUACCUUCAUUGAUGAUCUCUUUGCAUUCAUUAUCAAGAUGCCGACUAUGCACCGCAUGUCAUGCUUCAGAGAUGACAUCGUUUUCCUCCUCUACCUCUACCAGCGGCAUAUUUACCCGGUGGACAAGUCCCGAGCUUUCGACGAGGACUUCACCGAGUCUGCCGAGACCGAGGAUCAGGACAAGAAGAACGACUGA